CAACUAUAACAGAUUGAAUUCGUGCUUCUUCCAGUAACCGGCAGCGUGUAUCACCGGUGGAUAUUAGUUAACAUAAAAUGUCGUACACUAAAUUCAAUUUUUCAUUUUAUAUCACAUGCUGUUGCUUAUCCUUGGGUCUCGUAAAUGCAAAUUCUCAGACAUCGUCGAAGAAUUAUUUCGCGGAACAACUUACCGAAGAAAAUUGGGAUCGUAUGCUCAUCGGAGAAUGGAUGGUGGAAUUCUAUGCUCCAUGGUGUCCUGCUUGUAAAACAUUGGAACCAAUUUGGGAACAUCUUGCUGCACAAAAGGAAAAUUUAAAUAUCAAUGUAGGAAAAGUUGAUGUGACUGAUUCUCCAGGACUUAGUGGAAGGUUUAUGGUUACAGCUUUGCCAACAAUAUAUCACGUUAAAAACGGUAUAUUUAGGCAGUAUAAGAGCCCUAGAGAUAAAGAUUCAUUAAUUGAAUUUGUAUCUGAGAAAACUUGGGAAAAGAUUGAACCAAUUCCUGGCUGGAAGAGUCCAACAUCUAUUCAGAUGUCUGUUAUUGGUCAAUUCUUUCAAAUCUCACAAGUAUUGCGGGGAAUACACAAUAGGUUUAUGGAAGAUUUUGGAUUACCUACAUGGGGAAGUUACUUGAUCAUUGCCAUUGCUACCAUUGUCUCAGGUGCAAUAUUGGGAUUGUUUAUCGUUUGCUUGAUUGAUUUUAUAUAUCCACCGAAACCUGUGAUGCUUCAAAACAAAAAGAAACAAAAAGAUGGAUCGGGUGGAUUUAUGCAAGAGAAAAGUAUACAGGAUGAAGAAAUUGUUGAACAUGUUAAGGAUGAUUUAGUAGAUGAGGAAUCGGAGCAAGAGGGAUCAGAGACAGAAGAAAAAGAAAAAGAUGCAGAUAAAGAUUCCAAAACUGAACCAAGCAGUCCAAAUGUUCGUAAACGUAAGCCACGUAAAGCUGAUUAGACAUACUAGUUCAUUGUAUGUAAAUAUCUAAUGUCUGGUAAAAAUGACAAAUAAUAGCACAUUUUAAUGUUAAUCCAUUUUGGUAAAUGAGAAUAGCAAGAGCAAUACACAAAUAUUUUAUGUUUGUCAAAAAAUGUUAAGGGUUUAAGCAGAGAUGGAAAUAAUCGAUUGUAUUAAUAAUUUAAAGUUAUAUGAAGCAUAUAAAAUAUUUUCAAAUAUGACAGCUGAAUUUCAAUAUUGCAUAAAAAAUUUUAAAUGCAAAAUAACUAACCUCAGGUAUCAUUUUUAACAUUAUAGAACAUUAAUCACACACAUAAUACUGAAAAGUAAGAUUCGGAAUAUUUUACUGUAAAUUUAUAAUAUCAUCGCUUCCAAAUACAAAGAAUCUUUCCUUGCUUGUACGUAUUAGAUAUUGUAUUACAAUUAUUAUUGUAUUACUAUUAUUUUUACUAAACUUUGGUAUUAUA